AUGUCAAACAAUCGCCGUGUCACAUUUGAUCUGUCUUCGGACGACGGUAUUCAAUCUCCUCAGCCCUCAGGCAAUCGUACUCCCCCUCCUUCAUACCGCCAUCUAAGUCGAGUCAUUCACGACCCAGGUGCGCAGAGAAACAACUGCGAAUGUCAGAAAUACCGCAUGAAUGACCCAACAGAUGAAUGGGACCAGUACAAAACACCUCCGAGAGGGGAGAGCUUCAUGGAGAUGGCCAAUAUGAGACCUCUCCACCAUGAAUCGGUGCGGCAGUUCGGCAAGACGAACAAUAGCAACACCAUGGUUACCCGAGAGGCAGCGACGGAGGAAGACUUUAGAUUCGAAUCUGGAGAGGAAGCCUUCGAUGCCAUCAAUGCCAGCGUAGGCUUUACGGAAUUUGGAUUCUCGCUCGAGAUUGAGGGAUCAAGGACAAGGAAGCAAUUCACCACUACGGAGACUAAUAAGCGCAGAACAACCAGAGACGCAUAUGGCGCUCCAUCUCAGUCAGCCUAUCAUGUGUAUAAGAAGGUUGACACUGUUGAGCUACAAACCUGGUUUGAGGGCGAAGAUUGCUAUGUGGCAGCCUCUGACGCAGGCAUUCUCCGUGGCAAUAUGAGAAGAGAAACUCAUCGAUCAUGGGAAUAUUAA